AUCCCGCUGCUGCGCCCCGCCCGCCGCCGCCGCCGCCGCCAUGGACAGCGACGAGGAGACGCUGGAGGAGACCGUGGAAGGGCACCUAGAUGACGAUGGGCUGCCACAUGGGUUCUGUACUGUCACCUAUUCGUCGACAGACAGGUUUGAGGGGAACUUUGUGCAUGGAGAAAAGAAUGGCCGUGGCAAGUUCUUCUUUUUUGAUGGAAGCACUCUGGAAGGCUACUAUGUUGAUGAUGCCUUGCAAGGCCAAGGAAUCUACACUUACGAGGAUGGAGUGGUCCUUCAUGGCACCUACGUGGAUGGAGAGCUGAAUGGACCAGCCCAGGAGUACGACAGCGACGGGCGGCUGAUCUUCAAAGGGCAGUACAAAGACAACAUUCGGCACGGGGUCUGCUGGAUUUACUACCCGGAUGGAGGCAGCCUUGUGGGAGAAGUGAAUGAAGAAGGGGAGAUGACUGGGGAGAAGAUUGCCUAUGUGUACCCUGAUGGCAAAACUGCAUAUUCUGGAAGGUUCAUAGAUGGAGAAAUGAUAGAAGCGAAACUGGCAACUCUGACAUCUCUGGAGGAUGGGAAACCUCAGUUUGAAGUCGUCCCAGGAAGCCCAGUGUACAGUUUUGACAAAUCCACUUCAUCCUGCAUUUCAACCAGUGCACUUCUUCCUGAUCCUUAUGAGUCAGAGAGGGUGUAUGUUGAUGUGUCUCUCAUUUCCAGUGCUGGAGAAGGAUUGUUUUCCAAAGUAGCAGCAGAAGCCAGCACGGUUAUGUCCUUCUACAACGGAGUGCGAAUUACACACCAGGAGGUAGAUGGCAGAGACUGGGCCCUCAAUGGGAAUACCAUAUCCCUGGAUGAUGAGACAGUCAUAGACGUGCCAGAGCCCUACAACCACGCCGCCAAGUACUGUGCCUCACUGGGGCAUAAGGCCAACCAUUCUUUCACUCCUAACUGCAUCUAUGACCCGUUUGUCCAUCCUCGCUUUGGGCCCAUCAAGUGUAUCCGCACCAUCAGGGCCGUGGAGAAGGAUGAAGAACUAACAGUGGCUUACGGCUACGACCACAACCCCGUGGGGCAAAACGGGCCCGAAGCACCAGAGUGGUACCAGCUGGAACUAAAAGCUUUCCAGGCUGCCCAGCAAAAGUGAAAACGAGAGAGCUCCUCCUUGGUUCAGCAAACUGAAAACAGCCACUUGGAUCUAUGCACUACCUUUCUACUGACAACUGGACAAGCAGGGAUUGUUCAUGCCGUUGCAUCAUAACUUUGCAUUCUGUGUUAAGAGCUAAGUUCCUUGCAUACUAACUAAGGUUUGAUCUGUGUUACUCAUAGCAGAUUUAAAGUUAGCUAGCCUUGCACCAGUCUCCUCUGGAGAAGUUCUUUAGUAUUCUAUACGAGAUGUGAUAUUCUUUGGUAGCUUCUGCUUUUUGCACCAUAUGCAAAGAUGCCAAAAGACUUAGGCAGAAAACUAAACUUGGGUAUUAGCGUUCACUUGUAGUCGGCAGACUUAGUGUUGCUCUCUCUCUCUGCCUAGGCAUUAUUGUGCAACUGCAUUUUGCAUAUUAUGCCACUUGUGAUGAUAACAGUAAUAUUUUGAUAUUCUCUACUAAGUAGCAUCAUUUUGCCUCUUUAAAACCUUCCCUCUGAGGUCUUGCAAUAGAGCAGUUUGUUUAUUAGCGUAUAGGAGGCUGGGUUUUAACUCCCUUUCCUCUCGUCUGAGCGUUGUUCUUUCCUCAGAUCCUCUUUUUUUUUCUGCAGGAGGAAAGGAUAAAAAAAAUAAUCCUUUCUAACUAGUGGAAAGGCUUUUGUGUGUUUGUGAGAGUGCUGUGUGUUGCUCUCUGUGGCUCUCUAGUUAUAGCAACAUGUCCAAACCUAAUAUUUAUCUAGCCUUUGAGGCUGGCUUCUUCUAGUUCAUUUAUGAUUACGACACGCAAACGAAGCUGUUCUUUGCAUGAAGAUUUUUUCUGAGAGGAGAAAAUGGAUUUGCUUUUGUUUGGUUUGGGUUUCGUGGGUUGUGUGGGUUUUUUUUUUGGAAGGACUUUCAGAAGUACUUUGCUCUGCAAGGCAAGCAGGUGACUUGCAUUAGAGUUGGGGUUUUGUGUGUUUUAAAGAGGCAAAAGUCCUAGCAGCGAGAUGCUUGAAUGCUGUUCGAGGAGGUGCAGGAUGAAUUUCAGGGCAGGGCUUAUGAGCACUUGGUUAAGGAGAGGUGUAUCUUUUGUGCAGCCUUCAGUUGGCAAAGAGUAGAGCUUCUUAGCUGCCUUUUCAGUAGUAGUGGUUUAAGGCACAGUAAAUGACUAGGUAUGAGGUUAGCACGAGGUUAAUUAAGCGUGAGAUUACAGAACAAGAAGAUUGAAAGUACAUCUAUCUAUCUAUAAAUAUACACACACACGAAAAGAUUGUUUCUGAGAGACAACAGAUGAAUGUACAAACAUCACUCACUGCUCCUAUUUACAAACAGCAGUCAAUCCAUAGCUUUGUUGCAGCCAACAGUGGGGGGGGGGGGGAGGGGGGUGCUUGUGAAUAUUCAUCAGCAGGGCUGUGUUCUUGGGGGUUUUUCAGGGGUAAGGGAAUUGUGCAUUUAUAUUUUUUGUCCAGAUACUGUACUGGUCUUGGCCUAAUGCUGUAUAAGAGAGAAAUAAUUUCUCAUCCUGGUCUGGAUGCUGAAGCCCUUCUGGGAUUCUGAUGCUCUCUUCUGGGUUUAGCGGCGUAGGGAAAACUCAGAUGUGUUUGCAACACUUUCUCUUUCAACGUUUGUAGUUUAGACAGGUUUGUAUAUAUGUAACAUAAGUGAUUUGGAAAUCAGACCUACCUUUCUACUGCAACACCUUUGUUUGGGUUGCUUGCUUGGCUGGCUGGUUGGGCAGCCAGACCCAUGUGGUGACUGUGUUAGGGUUGGUACCUGCAAGUGGAAGGAUGAGGUUGCUGUUCUGUGCAGUCUGGGAAUCCUUGCUUUGGUGGCUGUGCAUAGUUAGGAAUUACCAGCAAGGACCUCUCUGCUGGGGCUCUCUUUAGUCCCUGUGACUGAUCACAAACCUUUCUCAGCAUCUCACCAUUUAAGCUUGCACAAAAGCUACCCUGCGUAGGUGCUGAGGUGGGGGGAGCAAGUAGGCUCAGGGUCUUUUGAUGCUCUUCCAGCAGUGAUCUGAAUGUGAGCUUUGACACCACUUGUGACUCAGUCCCCAUCUCAUCCAAAGCAGGUGGUUGCAGCUCAGGGAUUCAAGUGAGUGUGCAGAGGUGGAACUGAGCCUCACAGGUGAGGGAGAGUUGUCAAAGGCCAGUUGGCAGCACAGCUCCAGCAAAUGCACCUCGAGAAGAAAUAUGCAUGCCUUCAUCUUCCACUCUCUGUCCACAGGUCGUGUUUUCAGGUCAUUGCUGUUUCAGCCACCUGCAGAAAUCAGACCUCUCUGGCAGGAAGCUGUGGUGUGCAGCUUGUGGAUUUUUCUGCCACGACCCUGAAGUUUGCAGAGUUGAGGCUUGUGUUUAAGUGCAGGGAAGAGGAGAGGGAAGAUUGACUGAACCCUCCUGUGACUGGAUGGUAACUUCUUCCACAGCAUUGCUAACCUGCUGUGAACUGCUGGCCGCUCUGUGCCUGCAAGAGAACCAAGCUUCAAAUGUUUUGAUCUCUAGAGCUCCUUUGGCUUCAUUCCUAUCAGUCUCUAUUCCUCUGCUCUCACUUUGUCAUGUGAAAAUUGCUUUGUCAGUCUCCAUAUCACCUGAUUUUUUAGAUAGGUGCUCUUUGGGCUGCACACAUCAGGUUUGGAGGUUACAUCCCUAAGUAGGGGAACUCCAGGGGAAAAAAGGCACUGAGGUGUCCUCUGUGCAUCCUGAAAAGCCAAUAAUGUGGUGACAGUCAAGCAGAUGCUCUUGCUUGUGCCUAUGCUUGUAGCCUGGUGAUAUGCUACAGCUGUGGCUCUUGCCUCCAUUAGCUCUGCCCUCCCUUUGCUCUGCUCCAUUAAAAUCUCUUGUACUCCUAUAGAUCCUCUCUUCAGCGACCAACCUUCUCUGGAAGUUGUGACUGUAAAGAUGCUUUGGCUCAGAUCACAACUUUUACUUCUUCUUUGUUCCCUUUUGCUCUGUGGUCUGUUACGAGCGGAGGGAGACGGUCAGGGGUGGUUCUUACUACUGGGUAGCAAAAGGGCUCAGGGCUCUGUGUGUCCUUCAGAGGUUUUCUGAGAGGUGUGCGUUGGCAACCACAGGUUCAAACACAGGUUAGUUACACAACUCCAAAUAAUGCCUUAACUUGGUCAACGUAUUGCAGCUCGGCUUCUGGGGCUCACGAGAUAGCAAGGCUAGCUCAGCAAACCACUUCUUUUCAGUAGUAAUGCAAAGACCCCCACCAAAAUGUGCUUUGGAUUUGGAGCAGAGGACACAGUCGUUGUGCAGAGCCAUCCCUCUGAGUGCAGUGAAUGCAGCUGACGCAUUGGCGACCAUGCAAUAAGGUAAAGAAGCUCUGCUUUUCUCAGAGCCUGCCCCACUCUAUCCAGUGCAGAGGCUGGGGGGAGCAGCUGGGACCUGUCAGCCCAGCCUGGGUGAGGAGCUGGCUCUCAGAACUGCCAUGGUGGCUACAGAAGGGCAUAAGAGAACCUGGGAUUGCUGCUCUUUGCAGAUGUGGAUCGUUUCCUAAGGUAUGCCUUUGGUCUGCAGUGCUGCACAUGGCUCCUCUGGGAUGGGAGGGUUGUUGCCUGAGCUCCUUCAUGAGCAGGAGCCUGUAUCAGCUUGUGUAAGCAGUUGCUGACUGUCUCUCUUUGGGGGGGAGGGGGGGGAAAUGCAUCUUGCUGCUACAGCAUCACUGUGUUUUGUAACCAUGAAUACAGAAGCUUAGUUUUCUGGAGAGGCAGCUGAUCUUGGAGACGAGAGAGCAGGAGAGCUGUAACACAGCUGAGAGCUACCUGCUGCUGGGUCACUCCUCUGGAUAAGAGAGAAAAGGGCUCAGGCCCGGGGAGGAUUUUCUCCAGUUGAGUCUCAUGCUAUCAUUUUACAUUUGGAGCCCUUCUAAAACACCUGAUUUUUUUUUUUCCCUUCACAAACCUGAAACUGCUUCUCCUGCCCUUACUAAAACCCCCUUGACCUACCUAGAUACAGAUGAGUCUUAACUGUUGAAAAAAUCCCAGGCCGUGGCUCUUCAGUGAUCAGGGUGAGAGCUGAGAGGGGUUUCUGCCUCGUCCCACAGCUGCAGCAAUACACCCUGGGGUGACCCUCCCUGCCUCUACCCAGAUCCAGCUGCCGGGUGACUGGGUGCAGCUGUGCAGACCUUUGGGAGGUUGGGAGCUGCAUCUGGCGAGGCUGCCUGUUCUGGGAGCAUCUGGAUAUAGCCUCCUCCUCCUCAGAUCAGCUGCCUCGGGCACAGAGCUGUGGUUUCUUGCCUGGGUAGGUUGCUGGUGUGGAAGUGAGCCCUGUCAGGGAUUUCUCCCCUUCUUAGCCAAUGUGUCCCGACUGGGACAAGGACAUGAGCAAUGGUAGGGAUUCCCACUUUUCUGGCUCCUUCCCAGCUGGCCAUUUGGGUUCUGCCAGGACCUCUACGGUGUUGCUUCUGUCCCGCAGACCUCUCUGCUUUCUAUCCUCUCUCUCCUCUUUGGAUAAGCCUCUUUGGGAGCCGCUGCCGUUGCGUUUGAGGUAACCGAGUCGUGCAGAGCCAGCGCUCCGCUGCUUCCUUUUCCCUCUGGCACAGCAGACUUGCUGGAGCUGGUUGGGGUGCCUGAGGAAUUCACCUCCAAGCACUUAAACUCCAGUUGAGUUGGAAACAAAAAAAAAAAGGCAAACCAACAAGAAACCCAAGUUGCUGAAGUUCUCCUUCCAUGCUGAGGUGCUGCAUUAGAGCCUCUGCCUCACUUCGCACCGCGCUUAGGGCUUUUGGGCGAGCAACUGCAGGCAUGGGAGCACCUGGGGCAAGGGGUGUGUGUGUGUGUGGCAGGGGUGUAAGUAGGCUUCACACUCUGCUUGCAUCCCAGGGGAGAACUUGUUGCUUUUGCUUUGUGUACUGGGAAACCAGGAGAAAUCUAUUUUUUUGGACAAAGAAUUUCUAAGCAGUCUUGUAAAAGGGAGAUUAUUUUCUUUUUUUUAAAGCAAAACAACCACAAAGGUGCAAGAUUUGAGUGCAUGUUUACGAGCAAAGGUUUUUGACAGCUUAAAGUCACUAGCAAUGAAUGGACCCUCCCCUUGGCAUUCUUUUGUCAUCAGGCAAUCGAAGCUCCUGCCCUCUUUUCCCCUCCUGUAACUACUCUCUUUUGUUUUCUGGUUGCUUUUAAUUUCCAGGAGAAAUACAGAAACUUCGAAGCAAUUCAAUGUUCAAGCCAUAAAAAAAAAAAUGACCGUGGAAAGAUCCUCCUCACAUGUAAAAAAAAACCACCAACACAAACCAAAACAGCCAAAAUAAACCCCCUGAUGUUUGCAUGAAAUAUUUUUUCGUGGUAGGAUGAAUAUUCAACAGCAAAAGUUCCAGUAAGACCUAAGCCAAAAUGGACCAGAAUGUCUCGAUGCGAGAUGCUAAAUGGAUGCAAGAUGCUAAAUUGAUGCAAGAUGCUAAAUUUUGGGGUGAGAUGCUAAAUGGAUGCAAGAUGCUGAGUUUUGGGGUGAGAUAUAAAACGGAGGUAAGAUGUAAAUGGAGGUGAGAUGCUAAAUUUUGGGGUGAGAUAUAAAAUGGAGAUAAGAUGCUAAGUUUUGGGGCAGGAUGCUAAAUUUUGGGGCAAGAUAUAAAAUGGAGAUGAGAUGCUGAGUUUUGGGGUGAGAUAUAAAUUGAGAUGCUAAAUUUUGGGGUAGGAUGCUAAAUUUUGGGGUGAGAUGCUAAAUUUUGGGGCAAGAAAUAAAAUGGAGAUGAGAUGCUAAAUUUUGGGGUGAGAUGCUAAAUUUUGGGGCAAGAAAUAAAAUGGAGUUAAGAUGCUAAAUUUUGGGGUGAGAUGCUAAAUUUUGGGGUGAGAUAUAAAAUGGAGAUAAGAUGCUGAAUUUUGGGGCAGGAUGCUAAAUUUUGGGGCAAGAUAUAAAAUGGAGAUGAGAUGCUAAGUUUUGGGGUGAGAUAUAAAAUGGAGAUGAGAUGCUAAAUUUUGGGGUGAGAUAUAAAAUGGAGAUAAGAUGCUAAGUUUUGGCAGGAUGCUGAAUUUUGGGGCAAGAUAUAAAAUGGAGAUGAGAUGCUGAGUUUUGGGGUGAGAUAUAAAUUGAGAUGCUAAAUUUUGGGGUAGGAUGCUAAAUUUUGGGGCAAGAAAUAAAAUGGAGAUGAGAUGCUAAAUUUUGGGGUAGGAUGCUAAAUUUUGGGGCAAGAAAUAAAAUGGAGAUGAGAUGCUAAAUUUUGGGGUGAGAUGCUAAAUUUUGGGGUAGGAUGCUAAAUUUUGGGGCAAGAAAUAAAAUGGAGAUGAGAUGCUAAAUUUUGGGGUAGGAUGCUAAAUUUUGGGGCAAGAAAUAAAAUGGAGAUGAGAUGCUAAAUUUUGGGGUGAGAUGCUAAAUUUUGGGGCAAGAAAUAAAAUGGAGAUGAGAUGCUAAAUUUUGGGGUGAGAUGCUAAAUUUUGGGGCAAGAAAUAAAAUGGAGCUAAGAUGCUAAAUUUUGGGGUGACAUGCUAAAUUUUGGGGUGAGAUAUAAAAUGGAGAUAAGAUGCUAAGUUUUGGGGCAGGAUGCUAAAUUUUGGGGCAAGAUAUAAAAUGGAGAUGAGAUGCUAAGUUUUGGGGUGAGAUAUAAAAUGGAGAUGAGAUGCUAAAUUUUGGGGUGAGAUGCUAAAUUUUGGGGUGAGAUAUAAAAUGGAGAUAAGAUGCUAAGUUUUGGGGCAGGAUGCUGAAUUUUGGGGCAAGAUAUAAAAUGGAGAUGAGAUGCUGAGUUUUGGGAUGAGAUAAAUUGAGAUGCUAAAUUUUGGGGUAGGAUGCUAAAUUUUGGGGUGAGAUGCUAAAUUGUUGGGUGAAAUGUAAAAUGGAGCUAAGAUGCUAAAUUUUGGGGCAAGAUAUAAAAUGGAGAUGAGAUGCUGAAUUUUGGGGUGAGAUGUAAAUUGAGUUAAGAUGCUAUAAUUUGGGGUAAGAUAUAAAAUGGAGCUAAGAUGCUAAAUUUUGGGGUGAGAUGCUAAAUUUUGGGGUAAGAUAUCAAAUGGAGAUAAUAUGCUAAAUUUUGGAGUAAGAUGCUAAAUUGUGGGGCAAGAAAUAAAAUGGAGAUGAGAUGCUAAAUUUUGGGGUGAGAUGUAAAUUGAGUUAAGAUGCUAAAUUUUGGGGUAGGAUGCUAAAUUUUGGGGCAAGAUAAAUAAAAUGGAGAUGAGAUGCUAAAUUUUGGGGUGAGAUGCUAAAUUUUGGGGCAAGAAAUAAAAUGGAGAUGAGAUGCUAAAUUUUGGGGUGAGAUGCUAAAUUGGUGUAAGAUAUAAAAUGGAGCUAAGAUGCCAAAUUUUGGGGUGAAAUGCUAAAUUUUGGGGUAAGAUAUAAAGUGGAGAUAAGAUGUAAAUUGAAGUAGGAUGCUAAAUUUUGGGGUGGGAUGCUAAAUUUUGGCUUAAGAUAAAAUGGAAACAGGAUGUUAAAUAUUGGGGUGGGAUGCUAAUUUUUGGGGUAAGAUGUUAAAUUUUGGGGUAAGAUAUAAAAUAGAGCUAAGAUGCUAAAUUUUGGGGUGGGAUUCUAAAUGUUGGGGUGAGAUAUAAAAUAGAGCUAAGAUGCUAAAUUUUGGGGUGGGAUUCUAAAUGUUGGGGUGAGAUAUAAAAUAGAGCUAAGAUGCUAAAUUUUGGGGUAAGAUGCUAAAUUUUGGGGUAAGAUAUGAAAGGGAGCUAAGAUGGAAAUUGAAGAAGGAUGCUAAAUUUUGGGGUGGGAUGCUAAAUUUUGGGGUAAGCUAUAGAAUGGAGCCAAGAUGCUAAAUUUUGGGGUGCGAUGCUACAUGUUGGGGUGAGAUGUCACAUGGAGAUAAGAUGCUAAAUUUCGGGACAGGAUGCUGCAUUUUGGGGUAAGAUAUAAAAUGGAGCCAAGAUGCUAAAUUUUGGGGUGGGAUGCUAAAUUUUGGGGUAAAAUGCUAAAUUUUGACAUAAGAUAAAAUGGAGACAGGAUGCCAGAUGUUGGGGUGGGAUGCUAAUUUUUGGGGUAAGAUGCUAAAUUUUGGGGUAAGAUAUAAAAUAGAGCUAAGAUGCUAAAUUUUGGGGUAAGAUGCUAAAUUGGGGUAAGAUAUAAAAUGGAGCUAAGAUGCUAAAUUUUGGGGUGGGAUGCUAAAUUUUGGGGUAGGAUGCUGAAUUUUGGGGUGAGAUAUAAAAUGGAGACAAGAUGUAAAUUGAGGUCAGAUGCUAAAUUUUGGGGUGAGAUGCUAAAUUUUGGGGUGGGAUGCUAAAUUUUGGGGUAGGAUGCUAAAUUUUGGGGUGAGAUAUAAAAUGGAGACAAGAUGUAAAUUGAGGUCAGAUGCUAAAUUUUGGGGUGAGAUGCUAAAUUUUGGGGCGAGAGGCUUAAAUUGAUGUAAGAUGUGUCCCUGCCCCUGGCAGGGGGGUUGGAACUAGAUGAUCCUUGUGGUCCCUUCCAUCCCUGACUGAUUCUAUGCUAAAUUGGUUACCAAGAAGCAGGUAAUGGCUUGCUUUGUUUUUCUUUAAGGUGUUAUUUAAACAGGGGAGAUGCAAGAAAGGAUCUUUAUGAUGGCAAAUGGUCGUUUGCUGCUCUUUGGGCAAGUAUUUAUGCAGCAUUACCCACAGCUGUCAUAAAUAGCUGCAACAGCAAGGCCAGCCACAUCUUCAGGACAUACCUCUCAGCUUGUGGUAUUGUACAAACCCAACCCAUCCCCUCCUUUCUGCAGAUUUCCUCCUAGGAAACAAAACUUUUCCUGCUGUAGCUGUACCGAAUUUAACUCUUGAGCUUAAGAUCUAGACUUAAAAAGAAUACCCACACACAAAAUUGUGUUAUUACCAGUUUCUGCUGGGCCUUUCUGCUGUUUUAAUACUCUUUAGCCCAUAAUUCCUUGACUAAAAUUGUGUUGUUACUUACCAGUUUCUGCUGGGCCUUUCUGCUGUUUUAAUACUCUUUAGCCCAUAAUUACUUGGGUGUCUCUGUUCUGAAGAACUAAGUGCUAAAGAAUAAUCCUUGGGGUAAGCUUACACGUGUAUUUAACUUGUAUACAGUACUUGAUAGGUGUUUUAUGACAUUUGUACUCGAACUAUGAGCCUUACUGAACAUCUGGAGGUUUAUUCAUGACUUUUAAACACAAAAAAUGGAUAACUCUUUAAGAAAGAUGUUUACAUGAAUGGUGAUUGCCCUUCCUUUGACGUUAUGAAUGAGGUUUUUAUAGUGUGUUUGGGUGUAUGUGCAAGGAAGCAAGAGAAAACAAAAAAACAAACCAACUUGUUUCUGGGGAAAAACAGACUUGACAAACAUUUGUAAUAAGUGAAUUUUAAAGAUUGCUUUAAUUGCGCUACGAAGGCAAUGCAGAUAUUAAACUAUUCAACAGAA